AAACAACUCCGAGUUUUGGACACACAAUGUUUCAGAGGAGUGAUAGCUGCAGAAUAGAAUAAUAAUAACCCGAGAAGGGAAUCAUUUUCAGGUCUUCAUUUAUCUUAAAAAUAAUAUUUUUAUUUUAUGAGGUAUAAAGGUUAUCGUCAUACUGUAUAACACCACAAAUGCGAUUGUAUAGUAAUUGAUUAUUAUUAUUACAAGGCCUUCUCAAGCCUGCUGGGCCAUGACCUACAUUUACAUUCAAUAAUUUUAUAUGAUUACAAUUACCCAACUACAACAAUAACAGUAACAGUGCAGACUAUGAAUCAAAUGAAUGAACUGAUGAUUAUGAAUAAUGACUCCAAAUCUGGUGUGGAUGUACACCCAGUCUUCGCAGUCAUUGAAGACAUACUUAAACUAAAAAAAGGUCAUGAGAUGAAGAUGGAGAAGACUCAGAAGACUUCUGAAGAGUGAUAGUCCAAGCACAGACCAUGCUUUUCUCCAAUGAUUAUGCUGACUGAGAAUGCCAAAGCCCAAAGAGACUGGGCCAUUGAAAGUGACUGUGUUGUGGUGGAUGUUUUAGUGGAAUGGCAUGAUUGCAAGCAGUCAUGGGGGACAACCAAUUAUAUGCAAGACACCAGGGUUGGCUUUGGCUUACAGAGUUGAAUGCCUUUUUUUCCAGAUCUAAAUAUAAGCUGUAGACAGAUUUUUGCUGCUCACAACACUUCUCCUGUAACUGAUGUAGUAGAUGUGAGAACAUACUAGCUAUACUAGCCUACACAUUUUCCUACUUUACUCAUUUACACAUAACAUUACUCAUACUGCACCUUCAGUAGAAAAGAAACUCUAGCCUAUAUCUAGAAAAAUGAUAUAAAUAGUUAAAGACAAGAACUUUUAAAGGUUGAUUGUAGUCUUGUAUAUUUAUAGUAACUGCCUAAUAAUUUUAUCUAGCUUGUAAAACAUUAAUAAUAAUUAUUAUAAUGUCCCAUUUAAAAGAAAUUUUACACACUGCCUUUUUUAAAAACCUCAUGCCAGGUUAGUUUUUCUAAACACUUGAUUUUUAUGCCAUACAUCAGGGUUACUUGAACUUUUCAGUCCGAAAAUCAGAGGGUAGGACUCAUGGUAUGAGGCAACCCAUGUUGAAUUAAUGCAUAUGUUGCAAUAGCAUCCAUAGGACACCAUAAAUCAUUUUUUUUUUGUAAAUUUGGCGCUAAGUCCAUAAAGUUUACAUUACAAUUUUGCAAAGUCAAAUUUUUAGAUAAAGUUUUUUUCAUGUUAGAGCUAUGAUAGUAAAAUGCAGUGAACAUUAACCUAAUUUUAGUACUGAAAUUCUACACUGUUGUAAAUGUGAGAAAUAAAACUGACUUUGACUACUCAAAACUCACAUUUAGUUUUCCAGACUUCAACUGCUAGUCUCCUGAUAGUUGGAUACUAAUUCUGCAGCUGUCACACAAAAAAACCUGCUCUGUCAUGGUCACGAAGCUUCAGUUCAUAUGUUCUUCUCCCUGGAUUUCAGCAGCUUCAAGCUGAAAAGCAGCUUGACUAAUUAUGAAAACGUUAGUUGCAGCGGUUGCUGUCCAAUCACCAUUAGGAACUACAAAAAAUGGAUCUGCAGCAGAAAUUAAUACUUUUUAAAUCUGCUUGAAAACUCACCUUUUAAUUUUUUCUGUACAUAAAUUGAACAUUGAGCUAACUUGAUCUAACUAACACAGUUUAGUAGGAAUGUACAGACUUGUAACGUAGUUACUGACUGUAUGAAAAUGAACAUCUUAUUUCAUCAAAAUCCUUUGCAAAGAGUUCAAGUUUUGUUUGAAAGGAAUGACAUUUCUGUUAAACCCCAUGACAGUCUUUUUUUUAUCUUGUAGCCAAAAUGUUAAGCUCCAUAAGAUAGCCAGUAAUGUCAACCAAAAAAUGCAGCAUUUACCAUAUUGUCUACAUUUGUGCAGAAUUCCAGUUUUCUUUUCAAAGACUUAACCACAUCAUCACAAAGUAUUUAAAACUGCCCCAAAACGCUUCCAUUUCUUAGCCAUCUUAAAUCAUUGUGUAGAAGCAAAUCACAACUUCCUGCAUAUGAAUCAGCUAAUAAAAUUUUAAACAGACGAUGAUUCUAUGAUGAAAUGCUUCUCAUGAAAUUUAUAAGUUUCAUAACUAUUGCAAUCACUUCUGCAAAUACACUGCCCAGUUUUGAACACAGAGCUGAUUAAUGAAUGAUGCAGUGAUAGCAUAUCAUUUUCAGUUGAACUGCCUUAAGACGAUUGGCAAGACCACAUCCAUUUUUACAGGGGAUUGUAGGCUUAUUCCUAGUUCAUCGAAGAAAGCGUCCUUAUUUUAGGCGUUUUGUUGAGAAAACAUGCUACUUAAAAAAAAAUAAUUUAAUUUUUUUAGAAAUUGUCGGCAGGCCAUCUGAAAUGACCUGGCUGAGAAGACUUUGAGUACCCCCUGAUACUGAAAAAAUAGGCAAAUCUGUCACUUUAUGCGAUGUACAAAGGGGUGAAGGUGGUAAAAUUUCAGUAAUAAAUUCAUUCAUGAUCGUAAAUAUACAUUUUAAAAUGCAUGCAAAAUUAUGAAUGGUUGAAGUAUUAUAAAAUAUGAAUUUAUAAUUUUUACUGACAGCUGAAUACUUGGUGUAUCCUGCACAGUUUACACGUUGGUUCAAAAGAAAUUCUGUAUGAAUCUACCAACAUAAAUCGCACACAUGACAGCCUGUUUAACAACCACUUGUAGACAUAUAAUUAGGAUAGUGUAAAUAAAAUACAUUUCUAAAUAAUUGUAUGUGCUUUCCAUAUGCCAACAGAAAUCCUAUAUGGAUCUUCAGGCAAAAAGAGACUUUGGUUCAUUUCAUGCUUCUAAUGUAGAGGAAUUGCUUUCAAUUUCGGAGGUAAUCUAUAAAUUUAUUCCCUCCAGCAAGUUAAAUGAAAUAAAGCUUAUAGAAACAUGUAAGGCAUGAUUAUUGAUUAUAAUCAGAACUUUUUAAAGACUCUAGUAACUAAGGAUAUCUUUUGCCUAGGUUAAAAUUGCUAGUUAUCCUUGUGGAUCAUGAAUUUUAAAAAAAAGUGGCGUGAGGGAACUAAUUUAAGUAGCAAACACAAUGCUUAAAACUUUAUUAGUUCAAUUUAGGAGUGCAAUAACUGAUCUAUUCUUACUUGUUUCAAUCAAGCUAUUUCUUAUAAAUAUACAAUUUAUUGACAAAGAAAAGAUAAGGAAUAUAAUUUCAACAUCACAAUAGUUUUACAAAUGUAAAAAAUGUUUAUUUACAGCAAGAGUAUGUUCCUCCUGAGAUUCCAUUUUCUUUACCAUUCAGUAAUUAUUCAUUUCAAGGACUAAACCAUGUCUAUUUUGGAAAAAAAUCCAAAGAAAUGUUUUUCCUACUUGAGGUACAGUAUUUAAAAGCUAAAAUGAUGUUUAAAAAUUUAAAAAAAAUUAUUAUUUUCUUUUUAUUUGCACAAUUAUACACUUUUGUUACUUAAAUUUAAAGUAUGCCUAAAGUUUUACAAAAUUACUCUAAUAAAAUUUAACAUUUUUUUGCAGGAAAAUUGUUGCUUUUUGAACCAUGGAGCAUUUGGUGGUGCUUUAAAACAAGCCUUAGACACAGUUCAUGUAAGAAGUUCAAAUUUAUUAAGUAAAAAUAAAAUGAAAUGGUAACAUAAAGGUGAAUAAACAUAAUUUUUUGUUGAAAAUGUUAAAAAAUGGAAGAAUUUUUAUUAAAAAAAUGUGCAACUUUAAUAAUAUAAUAAAAAUAUAAUAUAGUAAUAUAAUAAUAUUAAUAUAAAAAUAUGUACCACAAGAAUACUCCACAUUUUUAAAGUAAAACUUGGAAUUUAAAUGACAGCAAUGAGUACUAUCAGCCUAACUUGAUGAAUUGGUAGCCAAAUAAUUGUUGAAAAACUAAAUUGGCAUUUAAGUAAAAGAAACAGCAAACUAAUAAUUUAUUUAUCCAUUUCUACAAUACAACAAUCAAUACUAUUUCAAUAACUUGGACAUGUCUGGAGAGGAAAAAUACAUAAUUGCUGACAUUGUCUGAUACAAGUAUGUUUAAUAUUUAUUAGUCAUUGCUGUAAUUUUACAGUUUCAACAACAAUGAGAACACUUUUGUUAUUUGCUAGAUGUGGCAGAGAUAUACAGAGUCACAGCCUUUAAGGUUUUUUGACAGACAACUUCUCCCUCUACUGGUGCACGUCAGCAGAAGACUGGCAGCGUUUGUUGGUAAGAAGUUGUCAACAUUUGACCAGAGCCACUGAGUAGAUUUCAAUAAUGCUGAGUGGACAUUUGACUAGAGUCAUGCACAGAUUUUGCUAAAGCGAAGUGGUCAUUGUACCACAGCCAAAUGAAAUUUAAAAUAUAACCAAGUGCACAUUUCACCACAGCAAUGUGCACUUGUAGAGAAGUGUGUAUUUGAGCCAAGCCAUUUCACAAUUAUCAUACUUUUCUUGAGAGCUAGCAAGCUACUUCUUUUGUACAGGUUUUUAACACUUUGUAGAUCUUGAACAUAUUUUUAAAAAUAAUCAGAAUUUUAUCAUUGGUUCACCUAGUGUAAAACUGUCAUUAAAAUAUAAUUACCAUAGCAAUCUUAAAAAAUCGUCAUAUUAUUUUUAGCUUUAACAGAAAUUAGUGUCAUAAAUGCGUCAGUCAUAAAUGAGCACAGCUUCUAAACAACUCUGAUGACUAUUUGAUAUUUAAAUCUGCAGGUUGUGAUCCCAAAGAUCUUGUUUUGGUCAACAAUGCAACCUUUGCCACCAACUCUGUACUGAGUAGCUUUCCCUUUGCACCAAAAGAUGUUAUCCUCACUUUUAAUAUUACCUAUGGUAACUGAAGCUUAACAAAUAUUAUUUUAUUGUUUACUUAAUAGAUAAUUCAAAUAAAAAUGCAUUAUUUUUCACAAUGUAGAUAAGUAAUAUUUUGAUUUUUUGCACAGGGGAAAUCCUCUAUAAUAUGCCCUACUAUAAUGCAAAUUCAUAUAUUCAUUAGUACAUUAAUUAUUUUUUUCAAAGUAUAGGAAAAAAGAAUAUUAAAAGUAUGUAUUCUUGCACAAUGCAAUAAAAUAAAAUCCACUAAUACUUGUCCGGUAUAACAUAACUAAAUAACCACAAUAAUUAAAAUAAAAAUGAAAUCACAUAUCUUCCUACUUUUAAAAAAGAUAUUCAAAACUAUUAGAACAGAAUAUUGUUAAACCCUGCUAUUAAUGCAAUAAAAUUUUAUUCAAAUCAAUUAUAGUCUUAAAGCUGUGUUCCACUGUAAUUCAGUGUGCUUUUUAAUUAUAUUUAUAGGCUUUUUUAUUUUAGCCAAUGAGAAAUGUUAAAUUUACUUUACUAUUAAAAUGGUUUGAUACUUCAUAUAGUUCAAAUAAAUUUGACUUUUUUUGUCAGGGGCAGUGAAAAAACAUGUCCAGUACAUCUGCUCGAAAACCGGGGCUCAAAACAGGGAAGCCGUUAUCCAGUUUCCUGUGCACGACAAACAGCAGGUAUGUUUUUUAUGGAAAUGAUGUUAUAAGGAUUUUCCACUCAUAAAUUGUUACACUACAUCACUAAUUCAUAAUUUAAUUAAUACAUUGUUACAGUACAUCACUAAUUGAUAGUUUAAUUAAUAAAUUGUUACACUACAUCACUAAUUUAUAAUUUAAUUCAUAAAUUGUUACUACAUCACUAAUUCAUAAUUUAAUUUCCUAAACUGUUACAAUAUAUCACUAAUUCAUAAUUUAAUUAAAUGCACUUUUACACUACAUCACUAAUUCAUUAAUUUUUACAUUAGAUCACUAAUUCAUAAAUUAAUUAAUAAAUUGUUACAUUAUAUCACUAAUUCACAAUUUAAUUCAUAAAAUGUUACAAUAUAUCACUAAUUCAUAAUUUAAUUAAUAAAUUGUUACAUUACAUAUCUAAUUCAUAUUUAAUUACUAAAUUGUUAGAGUACAUCACUAAUUCUAAAGUUAAUUUAUAAAUUGUUACAUCAAAUCACUAAUUCAUAAUUUAAAUAGUAAACCUCCAAAUACAUUAAGUACUCAAACAGUAAUAAUUUUGCUCUACACAAAUGUUUUGUCUGCUCACAUGUUCAUACCUACCGAUGAUUGUUAAUAUAAUAUUAUUUAGUUAUCAGCAAAUAAAAACUUAUACAAAAAACAACUAAUACCUUAACUAAUUAAUUAUAGUAAAGCUUAAUUUGGAUUCUAAAACAAUCUGAAUUUCUGACAUAAUGAAUAAUUUAACAUGUUCAGAUGUGAAGAAAUUUUAAAACAUUUGAACAAAAUUAUGAUAUCAUAUUUCUGAAUUAACAUGUGAUAAUUGUUUUAAAAAAAAAGGUUUUAGAUGUGCUUGAAAAAGAGUUGUCAAGGGGUGACAUCAAGCUUGUGAUCAUCGACCACAUACCUAGCAACACUCCAGUCAUUAUGCCAGUCGAAGACAUGAUUCAGAUAUGUAGGCAAAGGUAAGGACUUUCUGCAUUUAAUUUUUGUGUGUGUAUUUCUCAUUAAAUAUCUUGUUUAGACAGUACCACCUGUGAUAGCUCUUCAAUGCCAUGGUAGUAUUUAUCACCUGUCAUUGAUGACUUGCAUAGCCAUUGUAACCUAUUACAGGCCUGCACAACUCAUAAUGUAAGGCGGGCCGUAAUACUUUAUGAAAAACUUGUGCAGGCCGUAAUACUUUUUGAAAAAACUUGUGUGGGCUGAAAGAUAAUAGGACAGGGGCUAAAGCUUUUAAGAAAAUGAAUAAUAAUAAAGAAUAUUUUGCUACUUCGCAGGCCGUAUGUUGUGCAGGCCUGUCCUAUUACCUUUUAGUCAGUGUCACUUAUCAUUGCAAAAAAUAUUGUGAAAUAUUUUCCCAAUAUCUGGAGUCUUUUGUAAGUCAAUAAAUUCUUACUGAUUGGUUUAAUUUUUUUUUUUAAAUUUAGAGGCGCAAAAGUAUUGAUAGAUGGAGCACAUGCCUUAGGAGCUCUUGAUUUACAGCUGACCAAGAUGGACCCAGACUACUAUGUGUCAAAUGCCCAUAAAUGGCUGUGCUCUCCAAAAGGUGUCGGAUUUUUGUAUGUCAAGCGAGAACUUCAGAGUGGAAUAAGGCCGGCUGUAAUCUCUCAUGGAUUUGGAUCAGGAUUUUGUUCAGAAUUUGUUUGGUCAGGUAGGCGACUUGAUGCAUUGAUGAAUUUGCUAUAGCCAGUAUUCACAAGAAUUCAGAGAUGAAAGUCAGUUUUUUAAUCCAUAUUAAUCUUUGUCAAUGUUAGCUUUACCCAGACAUGCUCCACCUCAUAAUUAAACCACAACUAUUUUAUUUUGAAUAUCUCUACAGGUCUACAUGACUACAGUUCUAUGCUAUCAUUACAUACUGUUCUAGACUUCUGGCUUGUGUUAGGUCCUGAUAGGAUCAGAGACUACAUGUACAAGACUGCAAGGGCUGGAGGCUAGUAUAUUAUUUUGUGCAGUGGUUCUCAAAUUUUUUUCGGCAACCACCUCCUGGAGGCCAUUAACACAUCACUACCGCCACCCCUAUAUUAACCUGUAAAUAAAAUUGUUCGAAAUAGAAGUUUUGCACAACCCUUCAAGGAAAAUUAUAAAAUUAAAAACUGUAACAUAUAUUGAAUAUUUUAAUAAAGUUGAUUAUCUUGAUCCAACAAUACCACGACCGCAACUUUUGAAGUGGGAUAAAUAUAAAUCAAUAACACUUAAUAUCUUUAUGUAUCAUAUCCAGAUGUUCACAAUAUACUUCAAGAUCAUUAUUUGGUAAAGCACUUUUAAAGUUUAGAUAGGCUUGGAAAUUGUAAUAACUCAUGGCGGCCAAUUUUGUGCUUGAACAGAAUUAGUUUAGAUGCUAAUGUAGAGAUAAUGAAUUUGGCAAAUGUAUCUGAUAAAUAAGCCAUGUUUUAAAAAAAAAAAAAUGUCUUUGAGGUUAGCACUUCAAGAAGCAAUUUGCAUCUUCAAAAAAUUCUACUGCGGUUUCAAAUAAAUUGUAAAGCGAUUCAAACACUUGCCUUUUGAUUGUCAAAGAACUUCAGCUUGCUGGAACAAACAUUGAAAAAUCUUCAUUGUUCUCGGCACAGAGCUCCUUAAAUAGUCGAUCAUUGAGAGAUUUGGCUGUUAUUUUAUUCACAACACUAAUGACGGUGUUUAAUGAGUGGUGCAGGUGAACCCUGAGAUUUUUAACAACUAGAUGUUGGCGAUGAAUGACACAAAGAAUAGUAAAGAUAUAGUUGGCACUGUUUAUUUUUCCAAAAAGCAGCAAACCUACAGAGGCCACCAGUCAUUGAGGGUACACCAUCAGUUGUAGUAGCAAGCAUGUUAUUUAGCGGAAUUUCCUAAGCAUUGAAGAACUGCUGGCUUGUCAGUUUAUAGCACCCCCUGUAAUACACAAGUAAUGUUGUUAUUGCCACAUAUACAGCUGAAAAGAUCAAUUGUAAAAAAAUCUUUCCUUGAGUCAUCAUCAUCAGUGGCACUACAGCCCAUGUAGGGCCCUGGCCUGCUCCACCACAUCCUUCCACUCGGAGCAAUCCAUGACUUUCCGUCUCCAUGCUCGAACCCCCAACUGGUGUAAAUCUGUCUCCACAUCAUCAAUCCACCUCAUCCUUGGGCGACCGGUGAGUCUUCUGCCCCUAGGCUUCUGCCUGUAUAUAACUUUGGCUGCUCUGCAUUCCGACAUCCUUUCAACAUGACCUGCCCAGCGUAGUCUUCCUCUUUUUAUCAUUGUGCCUAUGGGUGGUUCUUUGUAAAAAUAGUAAAGUUCUUGGUUUGUAGGUAUUCUCCAGAUAUCAUUUUCUAUCACUGGUCCGUAUAUUUUGCUUUUCUGGUGAAGGUCCAGGUCUCACUAGCGUACGUUACUACAGGUCUUAUGAUGGUGGUGUAUAUUGUCUUCUUUGUUCCCCUUGAGAGGUUUUUGUUUCCCAGUAGCUUUUGUCGGCUGAAUUAGGAACGGUUGCCUGCUGUUAUCUUUUCUUUCACUUUCACCUCCGACAUUAUCUCAUUGUGCUCAUUUAUAGUUGCCCCUAGAUAUUUUUAUGUAGCCACUCUCUCAAAUUUGUGGUUGUUUAUAUUGAUGUUAUGAUCAGCAUGGGAGUUUUUUGACAAUAUCAUAUAUUUUGUCUUCUGUUCAUUUAUAUCAAGACCAGCUUUGAAUGAGGCAUUUUCAAGUUCCCUGAAUGCUUUAAUUAUGUCAUUACAGUUUCUACCCAGUAGUGCUAUAUCGUCUGCAUAUGCCAGGUACUGCAAUGGAUGGCUAUAUAAGGUUCCUGAUGGUCGUUGUUCUGUAGUAUCUCUCUGGAAGUAGUUUGCUAUGGUUCCACUGGUGCUAAUGUGUAUGCUUCUAAUAACUUUUUCUAGCGUGAUGUUAAACAGGAUACAUGAUAGUGAGUCUCCUUGUCUGAGGCCCCAAUUAACUGGGAACUCCCUUAGAGUAUUCUCCCUGUACCUUGAUUCUACUUUUGGAGCUGGCCAUUGUCAUAUGUAUGAGCCGAGUAAGCUUGUUAGGGACUCCAAGUUCUUGUAGAGCAUUGUAUAAGUAAUUCCUGUUUACGCUAUUGUAUGCUGUUUUGUAAUCCACAUAUAGUUGGUGUAUGUCGAUGUUAUAUUUGUAGCAUUUCUCCAGGAGACAUCUUAUAAUAAAAAUAUGAUCCGUGGUUGACCUAUUCUGCCGGAAUCCACAUUGAUAGUCCCCUAGGAUCUGUUCACUAUACUUUUCCAAUUUUCUCGCUAUAAGUUUUGUGAGGAUUUUGUACAUUACAUUAAGAAGGGAGAUUCCUCUAUAGUUUGAGCAGAUCAACUUAUAUCCUUUUUUGUGUAUUGGGAUUAUGAGUGCCAUGUCCCAUUCAAUUGGCAUUUCUUCCUUCUGCCAGAUUCUAGUUAUAAGUUCAUGUAUUUGCCUAUGCAGUUUGUUACCACCUAACUUUAUGAGUUCUGCAGAGAUUAGGUCUAUUCCUGGGGCUUUGUUAUUUUUCAUGGUGGAGAUUACAUCUUUUAUUUCAUUUAAUGUUGGUUGGUUGACCAGUGUGUCCGGCCCUUCUUGUGGCGGAGCGUAAUCCUCAUUGGUUCCUCCACCUGAGCCAUUCAGUAAGCAUUCAAAGUGUUGUGCCCAUAGUCUUUCCUUGUUUGUCUGAGAGUAUUUAUUAAACUUUCAGUGAUAGCGAUUUAUGACUGCUUUUUGAAUGCUUAAAAUCAAAUAGUCUUUUUUUAUUUAUUGUUCUUUCUGAUUUUAAAAAGUCAGUAUUACAGAAUUCGCCAGCGCCCCCUUAGGUAAUCCUACCGACCCCUAACAUUACGGAACAUUUUACACCCCUCCCCCACCCCAGCAGUCCCACUGCCCACUUUGAGAACCAUUGAUUUCUGAUUGUUGUAGUGUUGUAUUUUUAUAAGAAUUGUUACUUAUUUCAUAAAUCAUGGUGACUAGUGGAUUUUAUAUUCUGUAAUGAAAAAAAAUCAAAACAAAUAAAUGUUUAUUCCAGGUUUAUAAAGAAUUAUUUAUUUAAAAAAAUAGACUUAACUUAACUUUAUUCAAAAAUUGCAGCUGAGCUUUUAGCUAAUUCUUGGUCAUCACAGUUUGCAGCUCCUUUAGAAAUGUUUGGUGAGUGUUAACAGUUUUCUUAUCCCCGGAUUAUGUUUGAUUAAUUUUUAAUUUAUUUAAAGAAAUUGUGUGUAUUAUUUCAAGGACUGCUUUUUUUACUUGCAUUUAAAAUGGUAUUUUCCUUGCAGGAACCAUGGCCCUUGUAGAGCUUCCAGCCACCGUCAUGUCUGAACAUGAGACUGUUGACUACAAUGCUGCGGAGAGCAUUCAGAACAUCCUAUAUCAUGACUAUAAUAUUGAGGUAAAGCUUUCUCAUUGAAUCAACAUGUUCCGGCUCUUUCUGGAAUUUUCCUUUUUUGUGCCAGAUUGGAAUAAGGGUUGAGACUAUUUAUUUUUUUCACGUCUGCUCUGCAUUAUCAUAAAAUUCAAAGCUGAACUUCAAGUUUAUUUAUUUAAAAAAAUAUAUUUUCCAAGCCACAAGUUCAAGAUUGCUGUAAGGGUAGGUAAAAAUUCUGAUGUACAGAAUAUUUUGAGCUCUUCAGUUCUGAGAAUGGCAUUUCUCUGGAUCUUGUGUUAAACAUGCAAGGUAUUGAUGAGAUGUUAAUCUCUCUACUUUCAGGUACCCAUCAAGAGUGUCCAAGGUCAUUUGUAUGUCCGUAUUUCUGCACACAUAUACAAUGAAGUCAGUGACUAUCAAAAACUGGCCCAAGCAAUUUUAUCUAUAGCACAGAAAAAAUAUUUAAAAUAUCAUAAAAGUUUAUAGUAUCAAACCCAAUAAACAGGUGGAAAUCUAUCAAUAUCAGUUUCUGUUUCACUUAUUUUACUGAUGCUAAGGAUUAUAUUUUUUCAUGUUUUAGUUAAAUGCAGAGUUGUAUUUACAAUCCUCC